AUGGAUGACAGUGAUAAGGUGAGUGAUUACUUCAACAAAGUAUUGUCAAUAGCUAACCAGAUGAAAGGUUGUGGUGAAACUAUUACUGAUCUCAUGGUAAUUGAGAAGAUUAUGAGAUCACUGCCUCAGAAGUUUGAUCAUAUUGUGGUAGCAAUUGAGGAGUCCAGGGAUCUUGAAAAACUAAAGGAAAGAAAUCCUAUCAAGCCUGAUGAGCAGGCACUGAAGGCACAUCAUAAAAUGGGCGAAGGGAAAACGAAGUUCAAGAAGUGGAAGGGAAAGUCAAGUAAAGGAAAAUGGAAGAAUGAUAAUGGUACAAAUGAGCAAGAUGAAAGNAUGACAAUUAUGAGAUCACUGCCUCAGAAGUUUGAUCAUAUUGUGGUAGCAAUUGAGGAGUCCAGGGAUCUUGAAAAACUAAAGGAAAGAAAUCCUAUCAAGCCUGAUGAGCAGGCACUGAAGGCACAUCAUAAAAUGGGCGAAGGGAAAACGAAGUUCAAGAAGUGGAAGGGAAAGUCAAGUAAAGGAAAAUGGAAGAAUGAUAAUGGUACAAAUGAGCAAGAUGAAAGAAAGUGGUUGGUGAAUUUUGACGAAACCAAGAAGAGCAAAGUCAAGUUCGCAGAAAAUAAUACAUUGAUGGUUGAAGGAAUGGGUGAUGUGAUCAUCAACAGGAAGAAUGGUUCACAAGCUAUAAUUUCCAGCGUGUUAUUCGUUCCUACAAUGAAGUGUAAUCUUCUCAAUGUUGGGCAAUUGGUAGAAAGAGGAUAUAUUGUAAUAACGGGAAACAGUGAUAUAGUUGAGUUGCUUGAUAGCCACAAGAAGCUAAUGUUGACGAGUAAGAUCUCUAAGAACAGGACCUUUCAAGUCAGUCUGGAGGAAAUUGAAAGUCAGCAGUGUUUGGCUACUGUGAAAGAAGAAGAAAGCAACAAAUAUUUUCUGGCUUUUGUUGAUGAGCACAACAAAAUGAUGUGGCUACAUUUGAUCAAGGCAAAGAGUGAAGUCUUGGAGAUGUUCAAGAUAUUUAAAGCUGUUGCAGAAAAGGAGAGUGGGAAGGUGUUGAAAAUUCUCAAAACUGAUGGAGGUGGAGAAUACACCUCACAUACCUUUGAGAGUUAUUGUCAAAGCAAUGGAAUCACGCAUGAAGUCACUGCACUGUAUACGCCACAACACAAUGGCUAG